AUGGGAUACUCCUGGCUAGCCUUUUCCAGCUUCUGCGAGAACAGAAAAACCUUUAAACUUCGACCAAAGCUCCACGUCUGGCUGCAUCUCUGGCACAGAUGCGCGACCUGUCGACUGAAUCCACAGCUCAACGCCUGUUUCGCAGACGAGGAUUUCGUGCGGAUCAUGUGCAACGUCGACACUGGGUCUGCACAUAAGCGGUUCGAAGGCACAACCGGAGCUCCUAUGAAGUUUGUCCUGACAUCUUGGAACGAAGGCUUCUGGAUGUCACGCUGGCACCGCCGGCCUCACCGCUUUAAAGCGAUUCCUGGCGACUGCCUCUCGAGA